UCCUCCUGUCCCACUGCCUGCUCCGACUCCAUUGGUUACUUCUACCUUAGCCGCUUCUCCCUUUAUCUUUUUAUUCGACAACAGACAUCCGAGUAAGACUACUUCCAAAAAAAGGUGAUCUAGCAUCUCUCAAAAACUGGCGACCGAUCUCCCUUAUCAACUGUGAUGCGAAGAUUUUUACACGACUUCUCACUAAAAGAAUGGACCCUCUAAUGUCAAAAAUCAUCAAUACGUAUCAACUUGGUUUCCUGCCUAAUCGUUUCAUUGCUGAAAAUGGUUUGGCUGUUCGACUGAUAAUGGAACAAGCUCAAUUGCAUCAACGACCUGGUAUUGGAUUACUCCUUGAUCAAGAAAAAGCACAUGACAGGGUACAUCCGGUAUACAUCCAAAAGAAGACAAUGUUGGCCUUUGGUUUCCUCUCUCAAUUUGUCUUUACCAUCAUGGGUCUCUUUUUCCACAACUACGUAAGAAUCAACAUCAAUGGUUUUUUUUUACUAUAUAACCUACAAGAUACCAAGGAACGGCAAGCCGAGAUCCAGAAAACAGAAGCAUCGAUUUUGGUACCCCUGGCAAUACAGGUGCUUCACGCCACUUUCGCACAGCCAACUGAUGAUGAUUCAAGAUCGAGAUAUGACCGCAAUAUUGGAAACCUUUUACGACAAUUGUUGCAAGAUGAUAUGACGAUGUUCACAUUACGCGUGACGGGUCAUCCAACAACGUGGACUACGCCAAGGUGAUCCUUUGUCUCCUCUACUUUUUUAAUUUAGUUUUGGAACCUUUUCUCCUACGGAUUCUUCAAGAUAAUAGUCUCACUGGUUUUACCUUCCAUCAUAC